AUGUUGGCACAAGGAUUUUCUAUUUCUCGUCGAACAGCAACAGCAGCAACCACAGCAGCAGCCACAAGUCUAAGGUGGCGGUUGCAACCCACCUACAAUCGACCACUAUCUAGCACAUCAUCAGAAUCAUCAUCAGAAUCAUCACCCACGACAGAGAGUGAUGAGGACCAGCAACACCUUAUUGAAAGGCUCAAGAGAAAACAAGCCAAAGCCGCCGCCAAAGCCAAGGCCAAACGACAAAAAUUCCUUGGAUUGGCCAAGGCGGUCGAUCGCGGUCAAUUCAGUGUCACCUAUCAACCAGGUGGUCCCAAUGGAGAUGCCUUUCAAAAUAAAUCGGGAUUGCCCACGUUAUCGCUGCCGUUUACAGUGUUGGGCAUUGAGAGCUCGUGUGAUGACACGGGAGCCGCUGUGGUCCGAAGCGAUGGGAUCAUUCUCGGAGAAGCCUUGGCCAGUCAGGCGGAGAUUCACGAAGAGUGGGGAGGAGUUGUACCGGGAUUGGCCAAGACGGCACACGAAGAGAAUUUGGAUCAAGUCAUUGAACUGGCGUUAUCAAGAGCCAAUUUGACUAUCGAUGAAGUGGACGCGAUUGGAGUGACCGUGGGUCCAGGAUUGGAAAUUUGUUUGCGAGUUGGAUGCAACCGGGCCAAAGAGCUUGCCAUUCAACACAAGAAACCAUUUGUGGGAAUUCAUCAUUUGGAAGCUCACAUUCUAAUGGCGCGAUUGGAAAAUCCAGAUUUGCAAUUUCCCUUUUUGUCACUUUUAGUAUCGGGAGGACACUGUCAAAUAUUAAAAUGCAUGGGAAUUGGUAGAUAUUCCGUGAUUGGGGGAACCUUGGAUGAUUCGCUGGGAGAAGCCUUUGACAAGACAGCACGAUUAUUGGGAUUACCGGUCGGUGGAGGUGGUGGCCCAGCCGUUGAAAAGCUUGCUUUGGAAGGAAACCGGACGGCCGUUCCUUUGACCGUCCCAUUGUUGCAACGAAAAGAUUGUGACUUUAGCUAUGCGGGAUUAAAGACAAAUGUUCGAAGAGCGGCCGAGAAACUUGUCAUGGAACGAGGAGUAGAGCUACCAUCGGAGCUACCGAGGGGAGACAAAGCUGACAUUGCUGCAUCCUUUCAGCACAUUGCCAUUCGUCACUUGGAACAUAGACUGAAACGAGCGAUUUCAAAUGUUGAAGACGAAGAAAUCAAGACAUUGGCCUUAGUGGGAGGAGUUGCAGCAAACAUGGAACUUAGAAGCCGAUUGGAGGAAUUGUGUGAAAACCAUGGCUGGAGUUUAGCCGUACCUCCGCCAAGAUUGUGCACGGAUCAAGGUGCAAUGAGUGCAUGGGCUGCCGUGGAACGAUUGAAGCUCGGAAGCUCAGAUGAACCCGAUGGUCAAGAUGUCUAUGCGAGGUAUCCCUUCUCACUCAGUGCAGAGAAUAAUCAAGACUCAUAA